GGGUUUCUUAAUUGCUACUACUGGCCAAGAAUGCAAAAUUCUCUUCCUGACUUUUCAAGGUCUUCGUCCUCCUUACUUCUCCUUUCAUUUCAUUUCCUCUUCAAUAUCUCCGAAAAUAAAUAUCAAGCUUUUCUCUUCCGGGUUUAUUCAAUAGAAUCUUCAUAAUUUUAUCAAUCCUUUUUCCUUUUGGCUUCUUGGGAUUCUGUAUCGCUUUUCGCUGAUCAUUGAAGCGUCUGUGGACAUGGGCGACAUGAAGGAUAAAUUUAAGACUUUCAUGAAGAAAGUCUCUCCAUCACCCUCCGGUAAAUUCAAGGGUCAAGGAAGAGUUCUAGGAUCGUCCUCAUCCCCAUCUUCAUCUUCUCCAUCCAGUAGUUCUAUUCUUCUCCGUCCUCCUCAGAAUUCGGGUCCAAAACCAGGCUCUGCAUCGGCGAACUCUCGACCGUUACCCCAGAAAACGAUCGAUUCGGAGUCGAAUAGGAAGGAAGGCUCGAGUAAGUCCAAUCCUGAUCGCAAACCGGCGGACGGGUUUGACCCUUACGAUUCAUUGAUAACUACGGGGAAGAGAUCUAAAAAUGGCUGUUCUUUGGAUGUGUAUGAAUGUCCCAUAUGUGGGCUAUCGUUUAGGUCCGAGGAAGAGGUGUCUAUACAUGUGGAUACCUGUCAAGGUAACCCAGUUGAGCCUGAUGACGGAAAUGGUGUCUUACAAUUACCUGACAAUGGAGUUCAGUCAAGAACUGAAUUGGAGGCUUGCAUCAGCAUGUAUAUGUCAGGGAAGCCAUCUGAGGGUUCAGUUGAAGUUGUCCUCAAACUGUUGAGGAAUAUUGUGAAGGAACCAGAUAACGCGAAGUAUAGGAAAAUUAGGCUGACUAAUGCAAAGAUAAAAGAGGCUGUUAGUGAGGUUGCAGGAGGAAUUGAGCUGCUGAGCUAUGUAGGAUUUGAGCUAAAGGAGGAGGAUGGGGAGAGAUGGGCAGUGAUGGAAGUUCCUAUAGAAGAUCAAAUAAAAUUGAUGAAGGAGGCAAUAGUAUUAUUGGAAUCACCAGUACUACAAGAACCUGCAAAGAGAGACAAUUUGGCAUCUGAAACAUGUGCUGAGAUGGAUGAAGAGGCAGAACCGAAAAAGGUGGACAGACAGGUAAAGGUCUUCUUUGCUGUACCAGAAAGCAUUGCGGCAAAGAUUGAGCUGCCAGAUUCUUUCUAUAACCUUUCAAUUGACGAGGUGAAAAGAGAAGCUGAACUAAGGAGGAAAAAAAUUGCGGAGUCUCAGCUUUUAAUCCCCAAGUCACUAAAAGAAAAGCAAGCAAAAGCUGCUAGGAGGAAAUACAGAAAAGCUAUGAUUCGGAUCCAGUUUCCAGAUGGAGUAGUGCUUCAAGGUGUAUUUAAUCCAUGGGAACCAACAACUGCUUUAUAUGAGUUCGCCAGCUCCGCAUUGAAAGAACCAAGUUUGGAAUUUGACCUAAUGCAUCCUGUACUUGUUCAACGACGGGUAAUCCCUCAUUUAGCUAGAGCAGGGGAGAAAGCCGUAACACUAGAGGACGAGGAUCUGGUGCCUUCAGCUCUUAUUAAGUUGAAACCUCAUGAAACGGAUUCUGUUGUUUACACAGGCCUCAGAAAUGAAUUGCUUGAAAUCAGUGAACCUCUCUCAUGAGAGAUUAAACUGUUGCU